ACAUGAGAGUGCAAAUGCACGUUUAGGACAAGGUCCGAUUGGCCUUUUCAUUUAUCUAAAGCAUAAUUUCCACGAGCGCAACGCUAACGCACGACAGAUGAAGGGUAUAUUCCGAUGACAGCGCGGUUAUCGCUUUUCGACCAGCCAUCAGAGUCUCCCUGGGCUGGAGAACGUUCUGCAGUACCCCCGCCGAUCCUGCACGAAAACCAGUACCCUGCCCAAGAUUCACCAUACCCCCCUCAAUCAGCAGCUGGGGUUGCGAACGCUCAGUCUCCUUUCCAACAGCCUCAGACUACUCCUUACGACAAUCCAAAUACAUAUCCUCCACAGCCGCAUCAGCAAGGAAAUCAAGCAGAGUUAUCACCAAAGAAUGAGAUAGGUACCCCUGCUACUGUUUCUACCGCAAACACUGGGUCUUCACAUGUUCUCAUUGAUCUCAAUGAGGCAUCGGAUACACAUACACAAACGAACCAGCAUACGGCAGCGUCCUCCGUGUAUUCCGACAUACCCGGGGGCCAACCACAUCCAUCACCCUCACAGAACAGUCAACUAGGCGCUGCGCCACCUCUUCCUGACCGGUCAAAUAUUGCACAGCCUAGUCAAUCGAGUUUCGGUACUCCAGUCUCCGAAACUGAAGCAAAGAGGCAGCAUGAACAGAGAUCUGAAACUUAUUCGAUCAGACAUGUCAACUGGACUGACGCCUCAGGAAAGCUUCGCGACUGCCCGAUUCUUGCUCAAAAUAAAAAUGGGCCAUGCCCAUUGCUAGCGCUGGUUAAUGCUCUCGUGCUGCGGUCAGGCCCCGAUGCCCAGCCUCCUAUAGUCAGGGCUCUACAAACACGAGAGCAGAUAUCUCUUGGUCUGUUAAUCGAAGCUUUGUUCGACGAGCUAACGACAUGCUUGGGGCCCGAUGAUGAGCUUCCAGACAUUGAAGCCCUGAGUAGAUUCUUGACUAUGCUCCACACGGGCAUGAAUGUCAAUCCACAACUCACACUGGAAUCUAGCGAUUCAGUAGGCACGUUCUUAGAAACUAGUGAUAUUAAGUUUUAUGGCACUUUCGGCGUCCCGCUGCUACACGGCUGGAUCGCUGAACCGUCUACGGAGGCCGAUGAAGCGUUGACUCGUGUGGCUCGGUUUUAUGAAGAUAUCCAACUUCUCCCCUUCCGCAAACAAGAACUUGAGGAUCGUGUAUUUCGAGGCGGGUCACUCACUCCAGAGGAAGAGCAGAGCAUGAAAGAUAUUCAAAUCAUUCAGCAUUUUACGGAGAUCGAGAAUGCCACCCAGCUCAGCACAUUCGGGAUACAACACUUGGCAGAAAAACUGGCGCCUGGGUCUCUAUCGAUUCUAUUUCGCAAUGACCACUUCUCUACCCUCUAUAAACACCCACAAAACCAUCAGCUUUUCACACUAGUCACGGAUGCUGGGUAUUCUCAUCGGGCGGAAAUCGUAUGGGAGUCUCUCGUUGAUGUCAAUGGAUCACAAUCCGGCUUCUUUGCGGGUGACUUUCGUCCUGUCAGCCAUACCUCAACCGGAGCCUCCGAUCCAUCCGGUCCAAGAACGUCCAGCAAUGCUAUGCAUUCUGGAGUCUCCUCAGCAGUCUCACAAGAGCAGCAGGGCAGGGCGUUGUCUCCACAGGAACAGGCUGAUGCAGAUUAUGCUUAUGCUUUGUCUCUUCAACUACAGGAGGAAGAGCAGCAAGCCAGUGGCCGGACUCCCCGUGACCGUAAUCAGCGGGCUUCCGUUCCAAACUACCCUCGAGGGCCCUCUGAGGGACCAGCCCCCGCUCGCCACCGCUCUACAGGACAUCGUCCAUCACAGCAACCUGAACGGCACUCGCCGUCUCAGAACGCCGAUGAUGUUCCACCGCCUUCUUAUGAGCAGGUAGCCAAUAAUGCGGCCUAUCAGUCACCUCCACGAAACUCCAAUAAUAGAGCUGCGCCUUAUGUAGCUCCAUAUCAGAGAGCGCAGUUCGGAAGACGACCACCAGGUGUGCCUAUAGCAAUUGGACCAUCGGAUCGCCCUAAAGACCGAAAUAAGGAUUGUAUAGUCAUGUGAACUCACCAGGAUUUCUACUCCGUACGCUACCGGUGCUGGUUUGACGAUAUACUUGAUGACGAAACGAAAUAAUACUGGUGUAUGGACCUAUGUACUUUAUAUAUAUAGACACGAAUCGGGAAGGGCGGUUGUAUCUUUUUCUGCAUUGUUCAGAAAGGCGAGAUAUUACUUGCCUGGUCGUGUUAGGGCAACAAGGCGCUUUUCCUUUUUGAUGGAGCGGGUUUACCGGCUAAUCGUAUAUGGUUGUGGCUU